ACUUCAAUAUUAUCAAUCAUGUCUUCAUUUUUGAAAAAAGCCACAAAAAAAGUUACUAAAGUGGCAAAAUCAUUGGGAGGUUCCAGUUCGUCCAAAAGAAAGGCCACUUCUACUCCGUCGGUAUCAACAACACCCUCCAUUAGUAAUUAUAAUUAUGAACAUAAUUAUCCGGAAGGGUACGACCCGGAGCUACAUAAUUAUGCAGAAGAAAUGGAAAGAGAAAUACUAAUUGAUGAAGAAGAAGAACAAGAAGAGGAACCAACGACCCCAAUUGGGAUAAAUAUAUCUCGACAGUCAUCAACAAGAUCACAUGAAGAACAAGGAGAACAACAACAACAAAGACAAGCUCGUGGUAAACGAGUCAAUUUUCAAACUAUCGAUGAAGAUGAACCAGUAAGACAACCUUUUCCGGCAAUGCCACCUCCUAGUGGUAGAGCUGUUUCACAUGUGUGGUCGUAUUUCACAAAAGAACCAACCGAGAAUCCAGAUAUUUUCUUAUGCACUUGUCAAAUUUGUGAAAGUCAAGGAGUAAAGCCCUUAGUUUCAUACAGUUUCACCAGAGGUGGUGGAACGGGAUCUUUUAACAAACAUUUGGCAAAGAAGCAUGGAAUCACAAAAGAAACUCAUGCAGCAAGCGGCAGCGGGACCACAAGUGGAAGCCGACAGACACAAUGGGACAUUCCCAACACAGGUAUGCCUUUUAGAUAUAAUCGUAAUGACAUGAUUGAUGAAUUUUCUAGGUAUGUAAUUUGUGAUGAAUUGCCUUUUAACCACGGUGAAAGUAGGGCAUACGAGCGUCUCACUAGACAACAAUUGCAACCACAAUAUAGAGCAAUCCCUAGGAGCACUCUUAAAAGACGCACAAUUAAAUUAUACGAAUGAAUGCGCUAUGAAUUAGUUGAAAUGUUUAAAUCGUUUAAUGGUAGGGUUAGCAUAACAACUGACAUUUGGUCUGCUCCCCCACAUUUAGAACCUUAUAAUUGUGUAA